AUGGCCUGGAAUAAUCAGUCAGUGGUAACUGAAUUCAUACUACAGGGUCUCUCCGGUUCUUGGGAACUCCAGAUCUUCUAUUUCCUGUUUUUCUUCAUAGUCUAUGCAGCCACUGUACUGGGGAACCUCCUUAUUGUGCUCACCAUCAUGUCAGAGCCACGCCUUCACUCCCCCAUGUACUUUUUGCUGGGCAAUCUCUCCUUCAUUGACAUGUCCCUGGCCUCAUUUGCCACCCCCAAAAUGAUUGCAGAUUUCCUCAGUGAGCACAAAGCCAUCUCUUUUGAAGGCUGCAUCACUCAGAUAUUUUUCCUGCAUCUGUUAGGGGGUGCUGAGAUUGUACUGCUGAUAAUCAUGUCUUUUGAUAGGUACGUGGCUAUAUGUAAACCUCUAAGUUAUUUAACCAUUAUGAGCCGAAGAAUGUGUGUUGGGCUCGUAUCACUUUCCUGGAUUGUUGGCAUCUUCCAUGCUAUGAGUCAGUUAGCAUUUACUGUGAAUCUGCCCUUCUGUGGACCCAAUGAAGUGGACAGCUUCUUCUGCGACCUCCCCUUGGUAAUUAAACUCGCCUGUGUAGACACAUACAUUCUGGGAGUAUUCAUGAUCUCAACCAGUGGCAUGAUUGCCCUGGUGUGUUUCAUCCUUUUGGUGAUCUCCUAUACUAUCAUCCUGGUCACUGUGCAGAAACAUUCCUCUGGUGGGUCCUCCAAAGCCCUCUCCACUUGCAGUGCCCACUUCACUGUUGUGACCCUUUUCUUUGGCCCAUGCAUUUUCAUCUAUGUAUGGCCUUUCACAAAUUUCCCAAUAGACAAAAUGCUCUCAGUAUUUUAUACCAUUUUCACUCCCCUCUUGAAUCCAGUGAUCUAUACCCUUAGAAAUAAAGACGUCAAGGAUUGCAUGAGAAAACUUAGCAGCCAUAUCUUUAAGUCUAGGAAGACUGAUCAUACCCCCUUGAUUUCCUUAUACAAAAAUGAAAUACCUGUUUGGCAUUUACCUUCCUCAUUCAGUUGGUCAACAAAGUGA